AUGCCGAAACUCGCCCCGUCCGACCCAGAGAGUGUGGUGGUUAUACGGAAGGUAUGCGAUGACAUUAUUACAUGCAGUUUGCCCUUUGCUCGUGUCGGGCUUUUCAAAUUUGGGGGACGUGCAACGAUAGUUCGUCUACAAACCGGUGCUAUCGCGGUGUUCUCCCCCGUCGCACUUACACCGUCUGUUAGCGAAGCAGUCACCAGCCUCAAUGGAACAGUCAAGUAUCUCAUCGCACCAGACAUGGAGCACCAUCUGUUCCUGGCAGACUGGACAAAGGCGUACCCUGACGCCGUCAUCAUCGCACCGGAAGGUCUAUGGGAGAAACGGCAAAAGAAUCCAACAACCUCUGGUCCGAAGUUCGAAUAUAUUUACACCGCCCAGAACAAGGAGACGCUUCACAUCUCGGAUGAGUUUGCAGCCGAUUUCGACGUUGAGUACGUUCACGCCCACAUCAACCGGGAGAUCGUACUGCUGCACAAACCCACGGCGACGCUGAUUCAAGCAGACCUCUUCUUCAAUCCGCCCGGAUACGAACAGUACCGCAAGGCACCCGAGGGACCAUUAAGCGGGCUCGCCAACAAGCUGUAUCUCUCGCUCAUGUCGGCGAAGGGCAGCGCCAUGGCACAGCGGAGGCUUAUAUGGUAUCUGAUGCCAGCCGGGGGUCGCGAGGCGUUCAAACAGUCAAUUCAGAAGAUCGAUGGAUGGGAAUUUGAUCGUGCGAUUCCAUGCCACGGGGAUACCAUCAACCAGGGCGCAAAGCACCUGUUCCGGACCCUGUUUGAGUGGUUCCUGGUGUAA